CCUUUUUUUUUUUUCCUUCCCCCUGCGCUGAUGCCGAAGGGGGUGUUUUUGAUGUGGUUCCUUUGGUGGUGAUCGUCGCUGACUUUCCAAAGAGGGUGUUUUCGCUGCCGCUGCUGCUGCUGCUGCUGCUUCUCUUCGCGUUGUGUGUGUGCGCGCGUGCUUUUUUUUUGGUUGCUGCAUCGACGCUGGGAAGAUGCUUCUGGAUGCUGGACCGCAGUAUCCCGCCAUAGGAGUCACUACCUUCGGAUCCUCUCGGCACCACUCCACGGCCGAUGUCACGGACAGAGAAGUGGGGCUGGGGAUCAACCCCUUCGCCGACGGCAUGGGCGCCUUCAAAAUCAACCCCAGCACCCACGAGCUGGCCUCGGCCGGCCAGACCGCCUUCACCUCGCAGGCGCCCGGCUACGCGGCGGCGGCCCUGGGGCACCACCACCACCCGACCCAUGUCAGCUCCUAUUCCAGCGCCGCCUUCAACUCCACCCGGGACUUUCUGUUCCGCAACCGCGGCUUCGGGGAGGCGGCGGCCGCCAGCGCCCAGCACAGCCUGUUCGCCUCCGCCGCCGGCAGCUUCGCCGGACCUCACGGACACACUGAUGCCGCGGGACAUAUACUUUUCCCGGGGCUGCACGAGCAAGCCACCAGCCACGCUUCGCCUAACGUGGUGAACGGGCAGAUGCGCCUGGGCUUCUCCGGAGACAUGUACGGCAGACCCGACCAGUACGGCCAGGUCACCAGUCCCCGCUCCGAGCACUACGCUUCGACCCAGCUGCACGGCUACGGCCACAUGAACAUGAACAUGGCAGCCCACCACGGGGCAGGGGCCUUCUUUCGUUACAUGAGGCAGCCCAUCAAACAGGAACUCAUCUGUAAGUGGAUUGAGCCCGAGCAAUUGUCAAACCCCAAAAAGUCCUGCAACAAAACUUUCAGCACGAUGCACGAGCUGGUGACUCAUGUCACGGUGGAGCACGUUGGAGGACCCGAGCAGUCCAAUCACAUAUGUUUCUGGGAAGAGUGUCCGAGAGAAGGGAAACCUUUCAAGGCCAAAUAUAAACUUGUAAAUCACAUCAGAGUCCACACAGGUGAAAAACCUUUCCCCUGCCCUUUCCCAGGCUGUGGCAAAGUGUUUGCCAGAUCAGAGAAUCUCAAAAUACACAAAAGAACUCAUACAGGUGAAAAACCAUUUAAGUGUGAGUUCGAGGGCUGUGACAGGCGCUUUGCAAACAGCAGCGACCGCAAAAAGCACAUGCAUGUGCACACUUCCGACAAGCCCUAUCUCUGCAAAAUGUGCGACAAGUCCUACACGCACCCCAGCUCCCUCCGAAAGCACAUGAAGGUCCAUGAAUCAUCCUCGCAGGGGUCCCAGCCUUCUCCCGCCGCCAGCUCAGGCUACGAGUCCUCCACCCCUCCAACCAUCGUGUCUCCAUCCACAGAAAACCAGACUGCCAGCUCCUUAUCCCCUUCCUCCUCCGCAGUCCAUCACACGUCCAGCCACAGCACGCUUACAUCAAAUUUUAACGAAUGGUACGUCUAAAACGCUGAAACAAAACAACAACAGCAAAACACAAACCGAAACAAACAAAAAAAAA